UCAUCAGUUUCAAUGGAUUGUUCACACCUUUGCAUCUUCCGUCUCUUAAUGCUUUCUCUCUAUGCACAUGAACCAGAGUCUUCACAGAGGAUAAAGCAUAACACUGGUGAAAUGGCUGUCCUGGGAGGAAAUGUGACCAUCUUCUGCAACUUCACAAGUCUGGCAAAUGUAGAACAAAUCACCUGGCAGAAAAUCCAAGGCUCAUUGCCUCAAAAUAUUGGCACUUACAGCCAUAAAUAUGGAGAAAAGAUUCUUCCACCAUAUGUAAACAGGCUGCAGUGCAAGAUCCUGGAACCCAGUGCCUACUUCAUGACUAUCCAAGGAGUAACAUUUGAAGAUGAAGCCUGCUACAAGUGUCUAUUUAACACUUUUCCACACGGCAGCCAUGGAGGACAAACCUGCCUCACCACUAUAACUGUAUCUGAACUAGUAACUGAACUCCACUCUGCUCCUGACUCUGAAGAUCUUCAUAGCCUUCUUUGUUCAGCUGUGGGAAAGCCUGCUCCUGGAAUCUCCAUUUACCCUUCACAAGUCAUGGUGCACCCACCACAAGAGCACUUUGCUCAGAACGCCAAUGCCACAGUGACUGUCACUAAAAUCUACAACAUCUCUUUGAAAACUGCGAGGAUCUUGGGUUUCCAGAACUUGGUUGUGUCCAUGACUCACUCUGUAAGAAACGAAGAGAAAAUAGUCCACCUGCCAGUCAAUCAAGGAGGGGCCACGAAUCCUUGUUUAAACUGGAUGAUAAUUGGAAGUGUAUUCAUCAUUUCGUUUUUGGUUUCAUGCAUCAUCAUCAGUGCUGUUUUCUAUAUUUAUUUCAAAAAGAAAAGGUCAGAGAACUCACCGGAGCCAUCACCAACACAGAUGCCUAACCCACUCUCAACACUGGUACCCAUACCACCAUCAAUAGAGACUGAGAACUUAAUGAGACAUCGUCGCCAGACUGAGACAUAA